CUGCUGCCGGCCCCGCUGCGCUCCCCCCGGCUGGAGCCCGCUCGCCCCCGGCCCCGCCUGAGCGCAGUCUGGAAAUGCUCCACCACGCCUGCAGCCUGCAGCUCGACAGAAGAGAUUUGCUCAGAGCUGGUUUGUAGAAGAGAGCCAGAUCCCCAGCCCAUGUCACCGGCCCAGCUGCAGAGUGUCACCGCUGGCAGCUCUCAGUUACCGCAGACUAUGAGCACCUCCGAGAAACCCUUCUGAGAGCGACCCGAGAACGAGCUUUGGCUGCCAGGGGAAAACACCAGCUCCAAGCCAAGCUGGAGAACUUAGAGCAGGUCCUGAAGCACAUGCGAGAGGCUGCGGAACGGCGGCAACAGCUGGAGCUGGAGCAUGAGCAAGCCUUGGCUGUCCUCAACGCCAAACAGCAGGAGAUCGAGCUGCUGCAGAAGGCUCAGGUUGAAGCUAAGAAGGAGCAUGAAGGAGCAGUUCAGCUGCUAGAGAACACCUUGGACAGCAUGCAGGCCAAGGUGCGGGAGCUGGAGCAGAAAUGCCGCACGCAGAGCGAGCAGUUUAAGCUGCUGUCGCGGGAGCUGGAGCGGUUCCGGCAGCAGGCGGGCAAGAUCGAGCUGCUGGGCAGCGCCUCGCUGGCCCCCCCGGGGCCCCCCGGCAAAGCCCUGGCCCAGCUGAUGAACGGCAUCGCCACCUCCAUCGGCAAAGGCCAUGAGAGCCCUCCUGGAAGCCGCUGUGUGAUCUCAGAGUUCAUCAGACCCCUUCAGAUAUCUGGAGACAAGCCAGAGCAGCUGUCUGUCAAACCCACGCUCCUGGCCAAGUCAAGACCUGGUACCCCAAGAUGCAGAUUUGAUUCAGACAUGGAUAAUGAUCAGAAUUCCAAUACCUCAAAGCAGAGAUAUUCUGGGAAAGUCCACCUUUGCAUCGCCCGUUACAGCUACAACCCCUUCGAUGGACCAAACGAGAACCCCGAGGCGGAGCUGCCUCUCACGGCAGGGAAGUACCUGUAUGUGUACGGAGACAUGGACGAGGACGGCUUCUACGAAGGAGAGCUCCUGGACGGACAGAGAGGCCUGGUCCCUUCGAACUUUGUGGACUUUGUUCAGGACAGCGAGGCGCGGCUGGGCAGCGAGCAGGAGCAGAACCUGCUGAACCGCGCGGGGCCGGCGCUGGAGGGGCGGCUGGAGCUCAGCCCCCCGAGCCGCGGCGAGCCCGGCGCGCUCAGCAACGGCGCGGGGACCCUGGACGUCAACAUCGACGAGAUCGGAGAAGACAUCGUGCCUUAUCCUCGAAAAAUCACCCUCAUCAAGCAGCUGGCCAAAAGCGUGAUCGUGGGCUGGGAGCCGCCGGUGGUGCCGCCCGGCUGGGGCACCGUCAGCAGCUACAACGUGCUGGUGGACAAGGAGGUCAGGAUGAACGUCGCCCUGGGCAGCAGGACGAAAGCUCUGAUAGAAAAGCUCAACACCUCCACCUGCACGUACAGGAUAUCCAUCCAGAGCAUCACCAGCAAGGGCAACUCCGACGAGCUGCAGUGCACCUUGCUGGUGGGCAAGGACGUCAUCGUGGCCCCCUCCAACCUCCGGGUGGACAACAUCACCCAGAUUUCUGCUGAGCUCUCCUGGCUCCCCACAAACAGUAACUACAGCCAUGUCAUCUUCCUGAACGAGGAGGAGUUUGACAUUGUCAAGGCUGCUAGCUACAAGUACCAUUUUUUUAAUUUGAAGCCCAACAUGGCCUACAAGGUGAAGGUCAUGGCAAAGCCCCACCAGAUGCCCUGGCAGCUUCCCUUGGAGCAACGAGAAAAAAAGGAAGCCUUUGUGGAAUUUUCUACGUUGCCAGCAGGUUUGAUGUUUUCCUCCCUGCCCCAAAACUCUUUGGUUGAAUUUCUCUGAAAAUACUAGAUAAAAUACUUUAACCUGCACAGCCCUCAGGGGAUGCAAGUGUGUUUUGGUUGUGAAGGUGCAAUCAACUUCAUUGUACAGUUUGAAUUUGUAAAGCCAACAGAUUCGUUGUGCUUUGGAAAGUCUGAGGUCUUUUCCCACCUGGCUUUUACAUUAGGAGUGUUGGUGAGUGUUGUCAGUCGUUUGCCAUUGUUCAAGAGCACUGAAGCAGUGUUGAAAACUAGAGCAGAAAUACAGCAGUGGAUUUCAAGCAUAAUCUCAUAAUUUUGGAGGUGUGUGGCAGCACCUGAAAAAAAUCUGAGUAUCUUUCCUUACAGAUUCACCUUCCCACGGUCAUCUACUCGUGGCCAGGCAGGAGACCCCUCCAGUAUUCAGUCUCCCAGCCCUGGGUGCCUCUGAAGGGACACUCAGGCAGCAGUGGCCCCUGGCAGGCGCAGCCCCAGCAGCAUUCUGAGCUGGGUUGGCUCACGCCCUGCAGGGAGUGAUCCCAGCAAGGGGCAGGAUCCAUCCUGCUGCCCUGCUCGGCCUGGGUGAGGAGAGGACACGGGGAGGGCAGCAGUGCCCUUGAGCGGGGGGGUGAAGCUUCUGUGCCUCCUGUUUUGGUGGCAGCUUGGCUGCAGUGGAAUGCCCUCAGCCGCUUCUCUGCAGCCUGGGAUCCCUCGCUGGGUGCGCGGCAGUGCAGGGUGCAGGGAGGGGAGGGCAUUUCACACCUGGCACGUGUCCUGGGGGAGGUGGGAGGCACUGCCUGGGAGCUGGCUCCAGCUUAUUUCAACUUUGCUGUUUAGGAAAGGCCUUUUGAGUGAGGGUUUUCCAGGCCAAGCACUUCCUUCCCAUGCUGUAUCUCCCUCUAGCUGUGAAGUCUGCUGAGCAGUGCAGAGCUGCAGCGAAGCUCAGCUUUGGGAGCCAGAGCUCCCAGAAUCAUCUCAUCCCCACUGCUUCAUUCCGCUGGGAGCACUUCCAGAGAAACAAGCCAACUUUGCACUGCUGUGUGGAGAAAAGACAGGAGCAGCUGUUGAAGUGGUUAGAGGCUGAUGCCUGAUUGCAGAGCCGUUGGAGCAAAGGAAAAGGAGGGAUUUGGAGUCAGUGAUGGGAUUGCCAUCUCAGAGUGUCAUGCAAUUGAACUCAUCUUGAUUCAUCAGAGCAAUGGAGCUGCUCACAUAGAAACAGAAGUGUUUGUCUCUUGGGCACUCAGAUCUAAAAAUAGAAAUCAGCACAGGAUCAGGACCAAUGGGGCUGCUGCAGUUUUUGGAGCUAGUUUAUGUAAAAAACCCCACGAGGAGCAAAGUGUAGCAGAAUUCCAAAGCAAACAUUUAUGGUGAUGACCAAGACCAUCGAAAAGCAUCAGGAAUCAUUUCCCAUUUAAUGAGGGGAGGAAAUAGGAGCCACGCUGAGCCUGGGGCGCUGCACUUUAUUAAACCUCUCUCUGCACAGCCUGUGAAGGUCGAGACAGACACCCUGGGGAUGGUGUCCUGGUGGGAGAGUGGAAGGAAGGUGACUUCUCCUGCAGGAGCAGAUUAAUGUCAUUGUCAUUGGCAAGAGGCUGGCUUAGAUCAGAUGCAUUCUUCCUUGUAAGCUGAGCAGCCUUGCUGAAUGGGGAGUGCUGGCUGUCGAUAAAACAGGAUGGCCAGGAAAGCUGAAAUUCAAUCCUGAACCAAAAUCUCUCUUGGCCAAGAAUAGUAUUAGGUCAAUUUGCAUGCUCUCAGCUUGCAAGAUAAAAAUAGUUUAGAGAUGCAGGGAUGGUAUGAGCAAAAGCUUCCUGUUGUGCCUGCAGUGUCCUGAGCGUGAGCAUGAUUUCAUGUCC